AUGCAGCCAUAUGCCCCAAACUGGACCCACGUAACAGAGUUUGUCAUGGUGGGCUUUGCUGGGGUGCAUGAAGCACGCCCCCUCUUCUUUACACUCUUCCUCAUCAUGUACCUAUUCACCCUGGUGGAGAACUUGGCCAUCAUCGUGGUGGUGGCUUUAGACCACCGGCUACGUAGACCCAUGUAUUUCUUCCUGACGCACUUGUCCUGCCUUGAAAUCUGGUACACUUCGGUGACAGUGCCCAAGAUGCUGGCUGGUUUUAUUGGGGUAGGUGGGGGCAAGAACAUCUCCUAUGCUGGCUGCCUGUCCCAGCUCUUCAUCUUUACCUUCCUGGGGGCAACGGAGUGUUUCCUACUGGCUGCCAUGGCCUAUGACCGCUAUGUGGCCAUUUGUAUGCCUCUCCGAUAUGCAGCCUUGGUGUCGUGGGGCGCCUGCGUCCGUCUGGCCGCUGCUUGUUGGCUGGCGGGCCUCCUCACACCUGUUUUGCCUAUCUACCUCAUGUCCCAGCUGACGUUUUGUGGCCCCAACGUCAUCGACCACUUCUUCUGUGAUGCCUCACCGCUGCUAGCCUUGUCCUGCUCAGAUGUCACCCUGAAGGAGACCAUAGACUUCCUCGUUUCUCUGGCGGUGCUCCUGGCCUCCUCUAUGGUUAUUUCUGUGUCCUAUGGCAACAUCGUCUGGACAUUGCUGCACAUCCAUUCAGCUGCUGAGCGCAGGAAGGCCUUCUCCACUUGUGCAGCUCACCUGACAGUGGUGAGCCUCUUCUAUGGCACUCUUUUCUUCAUGUAUGUCCGCACCAAAGUGGCCUCCUCCGUCAACUUCAACAAGGUGGUGUCUGUCUUCUACUCCAUUGUCACGCCAAUGCUCAACCCCCUCAUCUAUAGUCUUCGGAACAGGGAGGUGAAGGGGGCUCUGGGCCGAGCCUUGUCCCUCAGGUCUUGGAAAGGUCAGCAAAGAGGAAGGUGA